AUGGCUGAUGAUGAGUAUGAAGGACAAGGAGAAUCUGGGGCCUCCAACACCUAUCCACAGCAAUGCUCUGCCCUUCGCAAGAAUGGUUAUGUUGUCAUGAAAAAUCGUCCCUGCAAAAUAGUUGAGAUGUCCACUUCAAAGACUGGGAAACAUGGUCAUGCUAAGGUAUCUAGCAGAGUUAUGGGUUAAAAAUCCCCCCUCCCAUAACUGUUUAAGAGGAAUACAGGACAUUUUGCACAAGUCUUUUAGCACAAGUUUUUGGAAAAAGGUUUUUCGUUCAACAAAGGAAAAGUUAUAGAAGUAGUCGUUCAAAUAGGGAGUUCUUUACAUUUUCAUAGAGAGAGAGAUUUGUACCUCUCCUUUCUUGAAGUAAGAAUAGUGAUCGUCUUCACAAGUAUUUCGAUCUAGUUGAAGUUAUUAUGUAAAUAAAUGUCUACAUUCUCGCCGUUGGAUCUUGUGAAGGUGAAAUGUCUUAUCAGUAUCAAUCAGUAUACCUUUUACAUUGAUGUUUCUCACUUAUAAUUAUUGUGUGAAAUGACCACUAAGAAUUGUGCGAACGGUCCAAAACUUGUGCUAAAAGACUUGUGCGAAAAGUCUUUUGUGUCAAAUGUCCGGUUACCUUAAUGAGUAAAUGUUUGAAAGUACAAGGCAACUAAGAAAUAUUUGGCUGUCAAGUCAUUGUGGACACCUGAUUCCAUGCAAACUGAGAAAUUUUCAGUUAAUUUUUCCAGGUGUGCCCAUUAGUUGGCAUGUAGCAUUGUUAGUAAGGAGGUUGUAGCUUUUGCAAAAGACUAGGAGUCUAGCAUGAUUGGGUUAACCAUUUCCACCCAAACAUUAGUAUGUAGAUUCUCUGUGCUGUUCUCUUUGAUUGACCAGCAUCUAAUUUCUCCACAUAGUAAUACUGCUGAAUCAGUCUUAAAGGUCGUAAGAAUAGGGGAAAUGAUCACCAACCUAAAAGGCUUUGAUUGUUAAACAAAUUCUCCUUGUCAUUACUGAGGGAAAUGCUUAGAGAAGAGUAUGGAUAACAUGGAUACUGAUGUUAGGGUGUUAACAUGGUACAUGAAAAUAUUGUGCUUCUGAUGGGUUGAAAACCAGUGCAUUUUUCAUGCAACAGUAGUGCAAAGUUGUAAGUGUGCAAAUUACAAAUAGCAUGCUCUGUCAAAAUUUCAUCUGUCUUUACUUUCUGUGAUGCUUUUUUAUGCAAAUUAUUUAUAAGUAAUAGCAUGAUUUCUCCUGUAAUUUGGUGUAAAUAAGCACUUCUAAAUUAUUCAAGACUACAGAUUGCACUUACCCUACAAGCUUGUGCAAUUGUUGUCUUUGAAAAAUUUACUAGUACUUAUUUACACUAAAUUGCACUCGAAAUCAUGAUAUUACCUAUACAAAGGGUUAACCCUUUACGCCCUAAGAAUGAUGAAUAACUAAUUUCUCCUCACGAUAUCACCCCUGAAUCACACAUUAAUGUCAUGAGAACAAAGGAAAUGAUCACUAACUGAAGAAGCUCUUGAUUGUUAAACAAAUUCUCCUUAUCAGCACAGUGAGGAGAAUAUGCACACUUAUGUUAGGGUGUAGAGGGUGAAAGCUCAACACACUGUUGUCUCUUAAAGGUUCAUUUGGUAGGCCUUGAUAUCUUCACUGGCAAGAAGUAUGAAGACAUCUGUCCUUCAACUCAUAACAUGAAUGUGCCUAAUGUCAAUCGUGAGGACUACCAGGUAAUUUUUGUUUCUAUUCCUAAAGGGGGGAGGGGGGUGUAUUGGUGGUGAAGCUUAUAAGGAUUGUGUCACAUGUGUGUAAACUUUGGUGGGUUUUUUAGGUUCUUAAGUUGUGAUACCUGCCUUUAAUCUAGUGCUAGUAAUCACAAUCUUGUGUCUAAUCAGUUACCUGCAAUGGCAACAUAAAAUAUAAUUUAUUUUAAGUGCCUCAAAACCAGGGGUCAAACAGGUGUUUGUUUGUUUUAAGAUACCUAGAAUUUUAAUUAGGCUGCAUGAGAGCCCGCCAAUCUUUCGCAACAGGAGAACUGUUUACUUUGAGGGAAGUGCAUAAAGAGCAGGAGGGUAUGGAAGAUUGGAAAGAAAUUAUAAGAAUUGUAUAGCAGUUAGUAAGGAAAAUUACUAAGAAGAUCUUGGAAGUGAAUGGGUUAAUUAUUCAGUGUCUAGCAGCUUUUGAAAUGUGUGAAGUAUUACAGAAGUAUUUACUUUCUUCCCUUUCCAUGUAGGUGAAUGAUAUACAGAGUGAUGGAUAUUUGCAUUUGAUGAAUGAUUCUAAUGGUGUGCGCGAGGACUUGAAAUUACCAGAGAACGAUGUGGGGAAAGAAAUAAGAACCAAACAUGAAAAUGGUGAAAUUGUGUCCGUAACUGUUCUAAGUGCCAUGGGAGAAGAAAUGGUUAUUGGUAGCAAGGUAGUCCCGCUGACCAAGUAA